CUGCACACCUUGGCCUGGCUCAACCGGCUCACCGACAACAAACGCGGGCGCCAAGAGGACACGGCUCAUCGGUCGGUGUCAUCAAUGACGUCUCACCUGUAGCUCAGUCAGUGGUUUAAUACACCUCCACCGACUUGUAACGCAGCGAAGUAUGAGGAGUGUGCGUAAUGUUUAACGUCGUUCACCAGGGUAGGAAAUACGUGCCCACGCGCUCUUCGGUCACGGAUGACUUUCCAUUAAACGUGCGGACUGUUCAUAUCAAUCAAUACCCCGGUACGCAGAGCGAGGCACCGAAGGCUACUUGGCCGCCGCCGGGUGCUAAGAUGCGGAUCUCUAAGCCCAACAAGGGCGCGGUGGUUGUGAGAGCUGUCCGGCGGAACCAGUCCCCUCAACCGGCCGGUCUGGAGGCGGCUUGGAGUGAGAGAGGGCACUCUGGGGUGAAGCCAUCGGAGAGUUCACCCAGCCGUGAGGGGAGAAACGGCGAGCCAGGAGCCGGCAGGAACGGGAUGGAGGGUCACGGUGGAGGGCCAGCUCGCAGCAGGAAAAAGGGGUUCAGAGCCCCCGAUGUGAGGACCAUCUUCUCCCCCGGAGAGAGGGACCCCAGGGUGAAAGUGGAGUCCGGGGAGGGACACAGCUUCGAGCCCAGUGGCAAUGAAACCUGGUGUGAUGUUUGUUGCAACUACAUCUUCCAGCAUGGUCUCACCUGUACAGGUUGUAAGUACACGUGUCACACUGCCUGUCGGGACCGAGUGUCACUGGACUGUAAUCCUGCAACUUCAGCCGUCAGUCAGGACCAGCUCAACAACAACAACACACCACCACAUGUUUAA